GUGUUUACAUGUCCGACAGAUCCGACCGCAGGGGAAAGGAGACCGGACACUGCUGUGAGAUGUAACUGUGCCCGAUCGUGGUGCAUGCUGGGACUUAUAGUUAAUUAUUAGCUUCAUAGACUACCCAUUACCUUGUCUGCUGCAGGAGGAAAAAUGGCUGCAAAGUGGGACACUGGUCAUGUCAAUCCUGUGUUAUGUCUGGCAGUCAGCAAGGAGAGAGUGAUUGCUUCUGGUGCUGAAAGUGGUGAGGUUACCAUCUGGAGUGAGCAAGGAACUCCAAUGGGCAAGAUCCAUGUGAAGGGCGAUGAAGAUGUAACAGGCGUGGCAUUCUCUCCAGUUUCUUUCUCCAAGCUUUAUGCUGCUCACGGGGAGACUAUCUCUGUGCUGGACACCAGAGUCUUAGCAGAACCGGUGGAAACAUUCAGCGUCAACAAAGACGAGAUCAACUGUAUUUCUGUCAAUGAAACAGACAGUCUCCUAGCGGCUGCUGAUGACUCUGGCACUGUGAAAGUCUUAGACUUACAGACUAAGAAAGUUUGUAGGACCCUGCAGAGACACACUAAUAUAUGUUCAGCAGUUUCUUUUAGACCUCAUCGCCCACAGAGCCUUGUGUCAUGUGGACUCGACAUGCAGGUGAUGCUCUGGAAUGUGCAGAAAGCAAGACCUCUAUGGCUUACAAAUCUGCAACAUUUGGCUCAAGACGAAGAAGAUACGGAUCUCCAUCAAUCCCCAGGUCAGCUCUUUAAUCCACCACUGGCUCAUUCGCUUUCCAUAUCCAACUGUGGAAAUGUGUUUUGCUGUGGUGCCGAGGAUGGCAAAAUCCGUUCCUUUCGGAUAACAGGAACUCGAUUCGAAGAAGACUUGUGUUUUAAGGCUCACACUCAAGGUGUCUCUCAAGUCAGUUUUUUAGAGCAAGAUCCUGGACAGACUUUCUUACUCUCUGGAGGCAAUGAUGGUAGAGUGUGUCUUUGGGUUCUCGGAAAAGACACAGUGCAACCCCAGAAACCGCAAAAACAUCUCCACUCAAAGAAGUCAACGUCCAAAGUUAAAUUGAAACAUAUGACAGAAGCGUCUCCAAGAGUGACUUCAAGUCUCUGCAUUGAGCAUGGAGAAAAAGUGAAUUGGAUUCUAGGAGCUGAACUGCAGGGGUCAAAAGUGGUUCUGGUUGCUGACCCUAGCAAUGCCAUAUCCAUGUAUCAGCUUGGCGAGCUAUAGAUGGCGUAGGUGCACUUAGUAAAGAGUUAAUAGCAAUGGACAUAUGCAACCAAGUCACUUUGAUGGACUGAUGUGUCUGACAAGGAUCUAUAUGCAGUGCCUUACAAAGUGUUAACAUAGAGACUGAAGCUUAUUGUACUAUACCAGAAAGAAGUUCCCCUUGGGUGUCUCUGGGCAACAAUAUAUAUAUACAACAAGUUUCCUUGGGGAAAUAAAUCCCCUCAGGGAUA